UAGGGCGAUCUACCUGCCCAAAUGGUGUGUUUCGGUCUCGGUCUCUUUUCUCAUGAGAAGCUCUUUGAGAUCUUGGCAGAGGCGAAGGACAUGCGAAUAAGCUGGGACACCUUGAAAUCUUCAUCUGACUCAGUAGUCUAAGAAAUUUCUCACUUGUGGAGUGCUCUCAUCUAUUCUGAAUACUCUGAACCAUAGCGGCUAAUGUUCCACCCUUGAAAUGGUGUUUGAACAAACUUGUAAUGUUAAACCACAGUUCAAGUAGCAUCUUCUACUUAUUCAUUGUAGUAACUCAAAACUCUUCUAAACAAUAUCUCUGCAAUGCCCUCUGCGAUUGUUCACCGAGAGGUCCUCCAACAUCGUGCGAUAGGCAGGCACGCAGGCCAGGCACGCAGGCCAUUGCGAUUUGCCAAGACACGAACAUGGUACACACGGCAGGCACUGUGGCACCAAAGAGGCAGAAGAGACUCCAAUGUCUCAGAAGCUUCUGGUUGAGUUCGUCGUGUCGUGUCUCACAGAGAUCGACGACUAGAUCCGUCCAAAAAGAACCCAAAUCCGGUGGACGACGAUCAUCUCUACUGGCAGCUCUCAAGGUUGCCAAGAGUCCCGAGAACCAGAUUGCUGGGGACCUUGUCAGCUUUGUGCGAGAGCCCCUCGCUGAGUUACUCUGAGAAUGUCUUGUCUCAGAGGCCGGCGGGCCCCCAUCGUGCACUAGAUGGGUUCCCGAAGGGAAAAGAGAUGAACGGUAGGUAACACAAAGUCGAGGUGAUCGAAAACCUUGUUUGUG